AUGUAUGCCGAUAUGAUAUGUGAUGUAAUGCCACCUAUACCUGAAGAUACUGGUGGUAAUGGUAACAAUCAUGAUGGUAUGGAAUCUGAUAUGGGUGAAGACGCUGAAGCUAAUAUUGAACAGUUAAUGGUUUCAAUGCUUGAAGAACGUGAUAAAUUACAAGAAAAAUUACGUGAUACAGAAGAUACAUUAAAUAAUUCUCAAAAAAAAUUAACUGACAUUGAAAAAGAACGUGAUGUUUUAGUUCACCAAUUAUCUUUAAAUGCACCACAGUGUCAAUCUAUCUCAAAUAAUAAUAAUACGACUACUACUAAUAAUGAUCAAUGUUGUUAUCUACCUAAAAUGAGUUCAUGCGUCAAUCUUUAUACUUAUUUAACAAAUAAUAUUUCAUCGCGUACAUCUUUAAAUUCUACUGAUGAUGAUAUUAGUGAUAAUGAUUUAUCUAUUGAUACAAAUCCAUUAACAAUCACAAGUUCGGAAAGUAGUGAUAGUGCGAUUGUAUCCGAUGACGUUGAUGAUAUAGAUAAUUCUAAUCAUCAACAAAUCGAAUCUUAUAACUCAUGGCCAGAAAGACUUGAAAAAGCUGAAUUAUCAUCAUUUUCUUCAUUAUCACAUUCAUUUUAUUUGUUAAAUCAAUUUGAUUAUCAAGAUGUUUAUGAUAAUUAUUCAUCAAUAUCAAAAUAUAAACAUCCAUUGCCUCGGACAAGUUCUAUGCAUAAUUACUUAUAUUCUAAGAAGGAUUAUGUUACAGUUGUUCGUGAAUCAGCACAAUUACGUGAACAAUUACAUGAAAAAGAAGAUGAAGUAUUAGAACUUAAAGCUGAACGAAAUAAUACACGAUUACUUCUUGAACAUUUGGAACAACUUGUAGCUCGACAUGAACGUUCAAUACGAACAACUGUUAUGCGUAGACAAGCUCAAGGUGUUUCGUCCGAAGUUGAAGUACUUAAAGCACUAAAAUCACUAUUUGAACAUCAUAAAGCUCUAGAUGAAAAAGUACGAGAAAGAUUAAAAGUUGAAAUCGAAAAAAAUACACAACUUAAAGAUGAACUUGAACGAACAAAGAAUGAACUUGCUGGUGUUCGUGAAACUCAGUCAUCUAAAUUAAUUGAUAUUGAUCAAUUAAAAAAUAUGUCAAAUGGUACAAUUGAUCCGGAUUCAUUAUCUGGUAAAUUAAUUGAAAUGCAAGAAUUAAUGGAUAAUCAAUGUAAUGAAUUAAUAUCAGCACGUGCACGUAUUCAUGAAUUAAUCAAUCGUAAUAAAGAAUUAGAAGAACGUGCACUUUUAAUUCAACGUGAUUUAUCUCAUACACAUGAUCAAGUCAAUAAAUAUCAACGAGAUUUAAAAGAAUCUCAUGCACAAAAAGAAGAUCAAGAAGAACGAAUAUCAACAUUGGAAAAACGUUAUUUAAAUAUACAAAAAGAAACAGCACAUUUAACUGAAUUUAAUAAUCGAUUAGAAAAUGAAUUAGCAACAAAAGAAAGUCAACUUCAACAUACUGAAGAGAAAUAUCAUAAUUUACAAGAUAAAUAUGAUUUAUUAGACCAAAAACUUCAAAAUCAAAGUGAUUUUAAUUUAUCCAUUAAACAAAAUGGAAAUUCUUAUUCAAAUAAUGAAGAUAAAUUACAUCAACUUCAAAAUGAAUAUGAUGAUUUAAAAAUCGAAUUAACACGAGCUCGUCAACGUGAAAAAGUCACUGAUGAACAUAAUACACGUUUAUCUGCAACUGUUGAUAAAUUACUUGCGGAAUCUAAUGAACGUUUACAAAUACAAUUAAAAGAACGUAUGCAAGUAUUAGAAGAAAAAAAUAAUCUAGUACAAGAAAGUGAAAAACUUCGCAAACAAUUAGAUGAAACACAAAAUGAUCGAAAAAAAUUAUUAGAUGAUAUUGAUAAACUUAGAAUUGAACUUGAAAAUGUUCGAAAAGAAUUACAAAAUUUAAAACAACAAAAAACUGAAACACCCGUAAAUUCUGUACAGAACAAUAUCAAUACUAUUGCACAAUCUAUUCCAAUCUCACCAGAUUCAUUAAAUAGACGAAGAGUUAUAACAGUACCGGCUCUAAAUGAGCAUAUGUUUAAGCCAACUGAAGCUGAUUGGGAUACGAUUGAUCAAGCUCAAGUAAUUAAUGAUGUUCGUCUAGCAUUUGAAUCAUCUGAUGUUGAAUUAACAACUGAUGAUGAAGAUUCUUUAUAUCAACAACAACAUCAUCAUCCGGUGACACAUAAUAAUGGUUCUACACAUCAUCAUUCAGGUGAUGCUCAAACAUUAGCACUUGUUCUUCAAGAACAACUUGAUGCAAUUAAUAAUGAAAUUCGUAUAAUUCAAGCUGAAAAAGCAAAUGCUGAAUUACGUGCUGAAGAACUUGAAUCACGUGUUGUUGGAACGUCAGUUUAUCAUUUAGAUCAUGAAGAUAAUGAAGACAAUGAUGAUGAUAAUGAUUUAAAUUAUCAACAUCGUUCAAUGGCAUUAACGAAUGGAAAUCAUCAUCAUCAUCAUCAUCCUCCUAAUCAUUAUCGUUCACAUUUAGCACAACAUUAUUUAAGAAAUUCUUCACCAACAGUACCAUUAAAUACACAUAAUAAUUAUUCAGGACGAUUAUCAUCACGUGUAUCACCAAAUGGACAAAAUUAUAAAUAUAAUACUGCUCCUUCUAGUAUAUCUCCAUCACAUAUGUAUGCAUUAGAUUCUAAUGGUUAUGAUCAAACUAUUCAUCAACAUCAUCAGCAACAACAACAACAACAACAAUCUCCACGUUCAUUUCGUAAUGAUUACAGUACUUCAUCACGUUAUUUAAAAUGUGAUUCAAGUCCACCAGUAACUCCAACAAGAGUUGCAGCAAAUAUUCGAACAGCUACACCACAUCAUGUAUAUCAGUCGUCUUCUAGUAUACAAAAUCAAUAUAGAAUUAGUACAGCACCAUCAUCAAGAACAAAUGCACAACAGAUUGAUGAUAAUACUAGGCAUUAUUUAACAAAUUCAUCUCCUCAUCAACCAACAUCUUUAUCAUUAAUAAAUCAUCAAGAUUCACCCAGUCCAAUAAGUUCACAAAAUUCGACAUCAGGUGAUGAUAAUGGACUUUUUAAUCGUAGUCAACAACAAAGAAAAAAAGGUAUUCGAAAUUCACUUGGACGUUUAUUUACACGUAAACCUGAUUUUAUUGAUAAUAAACCAAUACAUGAAAAUAUGCUAUCAUCAUCUUAUAUUACUCAUGGAUCACCUGUACCAACAGAUGAUAAUGAUAUAACUGAAUCAACAACAACUAGUGCAACAAUAAGUUUAGGUGCAACUGAAUUCGAUCGACGUUUAAAGAAAAAACAAGAAUUACUUGAAGAUGCUGUACGAAAUAAUCGAUCAUUUGCAACAUGGGAUGGCGCAACUGUUGUUGCUUGGCUUGAAUUAUGGGUUAAAAUGCCAGCAUGGUAUGUUGCAGCAUGUCGAGCUAAUGUUAAAUCAGGUGCUAUUAUGUCAGAAUUAAAUGAUGAAGAAAUUCAACGACAAAUUGGUAUUAGUAAUCCAUUACAUCGAUUAAAAUUACGUUUAGCUAUACAAGAAGUAUUAAAUUUAACAUCACCAAGUGGUCCUCGAACUGCAAUCACUUCAUUAACUUUUGGUGAAAUGGAUCAUGAAUGGAUUGGUAAUGAAUGGUUACCAAGUUUAGGUUUACCACAAUAUCGUUCAUAUUUUAUGGAAUGUCUUGUUGAUGCACGAAUGCUUGAACAUUUAAAUAAAAAAGAUUUAAGUAAACAAUUAAAAAUGGUUGAUAAUUUUCAUCGAACUAGCUUCCAUUAUGGUAUUCAAGUAUUAAAACGUCUUAAUUAUGAAAAGAAAGAACUUGAUCAAAGACGUGAACAAUCUCUCAAUGAAAACCAAGAUGUUAUUGUAUGGACAAAUGAAAGAAUUAUACAAUGGUUAACUACAAUAAAUGGAUUAAAAGAAUAUGCAAAUAAUAUAACCGAAACUGGUAUACAUGGUGGACUUAUUGCACUUGAUGAAACGUUUGAUUAUAAUGCAUUAGCAUUAGCUUUGCAAAUACCAAAUCAACAAAUAACCACACGACAGAUUCUUGAACGAGAACUUCGUCUUUUAAUUGCUAAUGGUACAGAACGAAAAAUGGAUGAAAAUGAUCGAGCAAGAUUAAAACGACAUCCAUCGUUAUUUUCUCGAAAAUUAAAAUUAAAAACAAUUAAUGGAGAUUUACAACAACAACAGAAUGGAAUUAAUGUAUCCCAUACUAAUCAUAAUGAUAACAAUUGA